AUGAUGAGCGUCCAGCCCCGCAGGAUCCGGCUGAAGCCCUGGUUGUUGGCUCAGGUGAACAGCGGCAGGUAUCCUGGUCUGCAGUGGCUCAGUCCAGACCACCGACUCUUCCAGAUCCCCUGGAAACACGCUACACGGCACACACCGACGUCGGAUGAGGAAAACACCAUCUUCAAGGUCAGAGUCUCUCCGCCGGCUCCAUCCUGACCUCAUAAACAUGCUGUUGACCUCACCUGCUGUCUUUCAGGCAUGGGCUCUGGAGACGGGUAAGUAUCAGGACGGCGUGGAUGAACCCGACCCCGCCAAGUGGAAAGCCAACCUUCGCUGCGCUCUGAACAAAAGCCGCGAGUUUCAGCUAAAGUAUGACGGAACCAAAGAAACACCCGUACAACCUUACAAGAUCUACGAGGUCUGUGAGCAUCCAGGGAGCGCAGGUAAGAACACACCUGAAAGUGGGCCUAAAAGUAACAUGACUGAGUAUAAAAAGGACAUUCAGUGAGAGAGUUUAGAUUGUACUCUCUGUACUAUUUUCAGAAUGAAUCUUUUGUGGUAAAAAGUGAACUGUGUCUCUGUGUGUUUUUGUUGUCAUAUGUAAUCCCAGACUGUAUCAUCCUCUCAUGUCUGACCUGUUUGUGUUUCAGAUGGAGGUGAUGAAGAUGAAGAGGAGGUAAGGGAGAAAUAGUGUUUAAAGAAAACAAAUUUUUUUUCACAUUUUAGCAGAAGACUGAUCCAAAAACAAACAGAAACAAACACAGACCUGUUUCAUUUCAGAUGCCGAACCUGAUGGAGCUGACGAUCAGUGAGUGAAACUUCAGCCUAAAGAGAAACAACACUUAAGUUUAAAUAUCAGUUUGAAAUUGUUUAAAAAAAACAUCUGUUUAAUUGAAUAAAUUAUAAAACCUGUACAGACUAGGUAAGAAAGUAAAACAAGAGGAUGAGUCCUUUCAAAAUACAGUUCCAAAAAGUUACAGUUUCUGGUAAUGUCAGUAAAAGUGCAUGUAGAAGAAAGUAAAAUACCAAACAUUCAGUCUUUUGUUACACACCUCACAUAGUGAUCAACUAAUCAGGUUGAAGCCAGACUCCAAACCCUAAAAAGACCAAACCAGGAACCACAGAUACUUCUAGGGCUGCACAAUAUAUCAUUUAAGCAUCGUUACUCAUGCGUUUCUCGGCACAGCAUCGGUAACAACAACAACGAUUGUAAAAUGAGCAACAAACAAGAGAAAACCACUGAAAAUGAAGACUUGUUGCCAAAAAGAAAAGGAAAGUCAGUCAUCUGGAAUUAUUUCAGUUACAAGAAGGAUGAUGUCGACCAAAGUAUGUGUUCUGUGUUCAUCUGUUGGCACAAUAACGUCCCAGCACAAUAAAAGCAAACUAAAAAUAUCUCUAAGACAGACAGACACCACUCUACUAACAUUCACAAAAAGAGGUAAGAUCAGUGCAGAUUAACUGUCCACAAGAUUUCAGCAGUGCAGCAUAGCAUGAAGUGCUAUUCAGAUCAUCUGGUGAAAAUUCCUGUGUUUCUUCAUUGUGCAAUAUAUAUCGCAGGGUUUAAAAAAAUCGCAAGGUUAGUUUUUUCCAAUAUUGUGCAGCCUCAGAUAGUUCCUUAAAUUCCUUCUAGAAACAGCUGAUGGUCGCUCAGACGAUGUCAAGUGAUGAUGUCAUGUCUCCUCAGACCCUGGGAUCACUAACCCCGCCCCCUUUACCUUCACGGCUGCUUCAGAGGUGUCUCCAUUCGCUUUGUCCUCCAGUGGGACAUUUGGACCUCCAUCUGUCCUCACCAUGACUCCUGACCACCCAAUGACCACAGACAUCCCCAUGACCUCUGACCUUCCAAGGCAGUUGGUGGAUCCGGGGUCCUUUGUUCAUACUCCAGGACUCCAGGACCUAAACAUUAUGCCCACUCCAGCUGCCUCCACCCCGUCUGGACUGGCCUCCAUGGAGACCAGCACUGUUGGGGGAAUCCAGAAUCAGGGAGACCCUCAGAACCAGCCUGACAAGUACGACCUGUUGAGCAGCAUCCCACGUGAGUAUGACCUCUGACCUCUGACCAUGUUCUGUUGAUCUCUGUAGGACCUCUGUGGAUCCAAAGAAGGAAGGAGGGAAACAGGAUCUGAUUCAGAAAGAUUGAAGAGGACUCUGUCCUGGUGAAGGCAGGUUUAGCCUAGUUUAGCAUCCACAGAAAGCAUGUUGUCACUGACCCCCUCAAAUAUAAUGAUAUAGUGCCUGAACCCUCUGUGUUUCCAUAGUUACAGAUGUAGUGACCUAACCCCAUUUGUUGCUGUAGAAACUGUAGGGAUGGAAAUCGAGAACAAGUUCUCGUUGAGAACCGGUUCCAAAUGGUUCAAUCCAUCGACAUCAUUUACAUUUUAUCUUAACGAUUCCCUUAACAAUUCCUUUCUUCCGGGUGCCUUGGAAAACAGUUUCGCGAGUGCCAGUUUACGCGAACGAAAACAGAGACAGAGAAAAAAGCAUGGCGAACUGUAUGAAAAGUAACGAUCUAAUGCGUGGCUUAAUUUUACUAAGAGAGACGACAACAGCGUGACGUGAAAUGUUUGUCGAGCUGUGAUAAAAUACAAAGGUGGAAACACCAGCAACAUGCUGAAACAUUUUACAACGGGGCAGGGUAUCAAAUACAUACAUUUUUUCCUGUUAUCAGAGACUCAAUAAAAUUUUGAGUUAAUGAUGAAAACCUGUAGUUUACCCUGUUUUUUAUUAAAUCAAAGGAAGGCAUCGAUAAGGGAAUCAUUAAAGAAUUGAAUGGAUAAGCAGAAUCAAUAAUGGCAUCGAUAUCGAUAAAACCUUAUCAAUUCCCAUCCAUAAGUAACUGAUAGGCUAACCAAACCCUCUUUAGUGUCAUAGUAGGCCUGGGCGAUUUGGCCAAAAAGAUGAUCACGAUAUACUUUGUCAUAUUGUCCGAUCUCGAUUAUUAUCCAGAUUUUUUUAAAACUGCCAGUUUUACAUCAUCUCCACUUAAAACUAAAAAAAUAAAUAUACAAAUACUAAAUAAGACGUUCAAUAACUUUUCUUCUCAACAAUAACAUCUUCGGAGGAUGACUCAAAGUCACGGCUGACAUCUAUUUUACUGCCCUCAGCUCCACGUUCGGUUACUCUGUUUACUUGUCCAGUAACUUACAGAAGUGAGCAGGAAAAGCUUGACUCUGAUUGGCUGUUGCGAUGCACAUUUUCGCCAUGUUUGAUCGAGUAAAUAAGCUCACAGCUGAUCACCGUGAUCGAACUGAAAUUGAUCACGAUCAUUAAUCCCUAUCAUGUAAUCGCCCAGUCCUAUGUCAUAGCAACAGAUGUUCAUGCGGAUUCCUCUGUGCUGCCUUUCUAAAAAAUAAGAUAAUUAAACCUUAGAUGUUGCCACAGUAACUGAUAUAAUAAUUAAACCCUUUGUUCUGCCAAGGUAACCAGUGAACUAAAUGAGCCUGUGUUCCACAGUUAUGGAUGUACUAAGAUUCUCCUUUAUUAAUCCCACAAGGAAUCCCAUAAUUAUUGCCAUAGUAACAGAUUUUACAACUAUAACCUCUGUGUUUCUACAGAAAUUGAUAGAAUAACUAAACCCUCCGUGUUGCCACAGUAACAUGUAAUAACUGAACCCUGUGUGGUGCCACAAUAACAUACAGCAUGUAUAUCCGAAACCCUAUGUGUUACCAUGGUUGCAAAUGUACCGAGUGAACUCUGUGUUGCAAAAGUAAAACCUGGACUUACUAACUCUUUGAGUUACCAUAUUAACAAAUAUUAGAACUGAACUUUCUGUGUUGCCAUUGUAACAGAAGCUAUAACUACAUUUUAUGUGUUGCCAUAGUAACAGAUCUAGAUCUGAAGUUCCAGUACCGAGGUCGCACAGCAGGCUCCCUGACUGUCAGUAACCCUCAGGGCUGCAGGUUGUACUUUGGACACCUGGAGCCGACCCCAGAGCAGGUGGAAAUUUUUGGACCCGUCACUCUGCAGCAGGUCCGGUUCCCAGGUACAUCUGAAAUCCAGAACCAGAAGCAGAAGUUCUACACGGAGGCUCUGCUGGAUGUGAUGGACCGUGGUCUGAUCCUGGAGAUCUGGGAGCAGGACAUCUACGCUAUCCGCCUGUGUCAGUGUAAGGUGUUCUGGUCUGGACCUGGCAUGCCGGAUCAGGGUCCACCAAACCCUAUGGAGAGGGAGAAGAAGAUCAAGGUGUUCAGCCUCAAUGAGUUCCUACAAGGUGACCAGUCAGAGCACAGAUAAACACCCGGUGAACAUCAACCAGGAACUAAAUGUGUAAAAAACCUCUGUCCACAGGGCUGAUCCAGUUUCAGAAGGGAGAGGCUCCAAACCCACCCCCCUUUGAGAUCCAUUUCUGUUUCGGGGAGGACUGGCCUGACAAGAAACCCAGGGAGAAGAAACUCAUCAUGGUCCAGGUGAGGUCAUGUGACCAGUAUGGAACCCCUACCCUUCACUUUUGGUUGCUCUAAAAUGUGAAAUGAUGAUCUUGAAAAUAAGUGAGUGAACCAGUGAGCUGUGAGAGCUGGAUUGUUCUGACGGUCUGGUUUGGACCUGGUUCUGGUUGUUCUCAGGUGGUCCCUGUGGUGGCUCGGAUCCUGACGGAGAUGUUCUCCGGAGAGCUAAGCUGGUCCAAUGACAGCAUCCGCCUGCAGAUCUCAAACCCAGACGUCAAGGACCAGACGGUGGAGCAGUUCAAGGAGCUGCAGAGGCUCCUGCAGAGCCAGCACAUCCAGGGACGCUGGACCCCCGCCGGGCCCUGA